AGCUCCGCCCACUGAGCCCGAGCGUUAGGUUGCGCGAGGGCUGCAGUUUCAGUUUGUUUUAUUCACCAUUUUGUGUAGCUGAAGGUAAAAUAUUAAAGUAAAAGCCUUCAGCGCAGCAGAGCUUUCCACCCGUUUUAUUUACUUUUGCGAUUCGGGGAAAAAGGGGGUGGUGGUGUUUUUUAUGCGACGUUACUCUGUCAGUUGGUGAACCUAUUUUUUAUUUUCUCCCUUUUUUUAAAAAAAAAAAAAAAACAAAAACACACAAAUCCUCCACAGUGUUCCUGCAAAAAUGUCAAGACCAGUGAGGAACAGAAAGGUGGUGAAUUAUUCACAGUUCAACGAAUCUGAUGAAGCAGAUGAGUAUGAGCAAGACACGGAUAAGCCCAAGAAGAUGCGCGCAGCGCCGCGUGAAAUCAAGCACAAGAAGUCCAAGAACUCACAGGAGGAAAGUGAGGACUCCGAUGACAAACUCUCCAAACCUAAAAACGAUUCUGCAGAUGAUUUCGGCAGCGAUGAAGACAACGACUUUGGGGAGGAAGAGGAGGAGGACGAAGACGGAGGAAGUGAUUAUGAAGCCAAAAAAGGGAAGAAGGGGAAGAAGGGUAAAGUGGAGAAGUCUAGUAGAAGGUCACUGAAGAGGAAACGGGAUUCGGCAGAUGAGAGUGAUGAGGAUAAGGAGGUGAGCCGGAAGCCCAGGCAGGUGAGACAAGCCGCCUCCAAGGCUGCGUCCAAACAGAGAGAGAUCCUGCUCGGGGACCGAGGGAGCGAGGAUGAGGAUAAAGACGAAGAUGAGCACGCAUACAUGGACCAAGAGUCCGGUAGUGAUGAGGACUUCAUGGUGGACGACGAUGACGACAGUGACUACGGUCAUUCCAAAAAGAAGGGCAAGAAAGUGAGCCAGAGAGGACGAAAGGUGGAAAAGAAGGAGAAGAAAUCCCCUAAACCCAGACUAAAGGCCACAGUCACCCCGAGCCCCAUGAAGGGAAAGGGCAAAGGUCGCCCGAGUGCAGCGAAGGCCCUGGAGAAGUCCUCGCCUAAAGAGGAGGAGGAGCCCGAGAGCCCACCAGAGGACGAGGAGGAGGAUGAGGUGGAGAAGAAGAGCUCGCCGCUGCCGUCUGCCAAAAAGAAGAAGAACACCCCUGAUGAUGAGGAAGACGAGGAAGAGGAGGACGGUUCAGAAGAAGACGCGCCAUCUGGGGAAGAUUAGCCACCUUGCUACUCGUUCGCUCUCUCUCCUUUCUUUUUCUGUCUGUUUUUUUUCUCCUUUUGAGGUUUUUUUUUUUUUUUAUUUCUCUGUGGUGACCUGGCUUUUUUAAAACCUACAGUUUCUGUAUCAUAAAACCGCAUUGUCCCGGGAUGCAUCAGUCCGCGUAUGUGCGUGUGUGUGAGCGAGAGUGAGAGGUGUGUGUGUGUAUGUGUCUGUGUGUGAUGGAUUUGUUUUUUUAUUUAUAGGUAAGAACUAUAAGGAAAGCCCGACGCUCCUCCACUGCUAAUGGGCUGCUGCUCUAACGGUUCUUCUUGAGUUCUGGUAUCAUCUCCACAUACUUCCUGGUGUUUCCCGGCGUUGGUCCUGGUGUUUUUCCUGCUCUAACACACUUGCCUUGACUUUUUCCAGCUCCUUCAAGCGGUAGAAACACACACCGACAAACAGUUACACAUUUUAUCAUUUUAUGAAUCUGGAUUGACAGUUGCGUAACUUUCGCCUCGUGGAAGCCCCGCCCCCUUCUCCACAGCUCAUAUUAGUGAGCUUUCAGCUGGUGCUUGAUUUUCUCGCUUGAAAGAUGCGCUGAUGGUUUCUGUCACGGCAAAUGGAGAAUGUUUCAAGUGCGUUAAUGUGAAAUAAAAUCUAUCAGUGUGUGAGUUUAGACAAUUAUAUAUUCAACAGCAAGUAAAUAUGUUUAGUAAAGAUGCCAUUGCCGUUUUGACCAUUUCAGCUGAAAAGUAAAUCAGCCUUCAGUGAGCUGUCAAAUAAUUUUAAUGCUAAUUAUAAUUAGAAGGUGUUUCAAAACAUGGUGGUGUGAUUGGCGUGUGUGUGUAUAUACACAGAGUUUUACAGUAAACACUCCCAAACGCUGCAGCGAGUCGUAAUCGUAACUUAGCACGCAAACAGCCAGCUAAUAUUUUCUGACUAGCAGGGUUACUGGGUUGCCAGAUCACAGGAAUCGCACGUUACAACAAAUUACGGUUUUAAAAUCUUUUCCAAUUGAUUAUGUAGUGAAUAAAUAAGUAAUAGCUAUGCUGCGUGAGUCAUAACUACUAAUCCCGUCUGUCUGUACAGUCUAAUAGUGUAAUAUCAAGAACAGUCCAGUUUAAUAAGAAAAAAAAAAUCAACCAACAAAUUGUUUCAGGGCUUUUUAAAAAUCAUUUAAACUGUGAGUAAUGUCUAAACACUGCUUUAGAACCAAUCUGAGCCUUUUACAUGUCGAGUGGUCGGUCUGAUCCGACUCACCUUCCGUGUGGUGUGUGUAAAAAGUGAAUUUUAUUUAUAAAGUACAUUAAAAACAAUAAAAGUUAGGGUGGUGGAGUGUUUGAGCAGGAAAACACGAAGAUAUGUAGUAGAAGGUUAUAACAGAGCCAGGAUUUAGGAAACGCCCCUUUCCCGACUUUUUAGUUUUAAAUUUUCUUUCCCCCGAUUGCUGUGACUGCUAGGAACUCAGCUUUCAUUACGCUAAUGUUUUUCAUUUUUGACAGAAUUUCCAACAAUAAAGUCAACGUCCUGUUUUUUUUUUUUUUUUUUUUUUUUUUUUUUUUAUCCUUCAAUAUUUUGUAUUGAACUUCUAAAAUUAGUCUUUUAAACCAGAGAUGUGCAAGUGACUCCCCCUUUUGUUUUCAUCUCCUAAAAUAUGAACGUUAGUCAUUUAAAACCAGAGCCAUGCAUGUGACAAAUUUUUUUUUUAACUAGCUUAAUUGGUUCCUUUUCCUAAAAUAAUGACAAAUUUCUCAUUUCGAGCGAAUGAAGGCGGUAAAACAGCGUCACACAGCAUCCAGCACACAUUUGUGUUAAUCCACGUAACUUUGUUUUGAGAGCUUCCUUUUGUUUGUAUGUUUGUUUUUUGUCCUUUAAUUUGUAGUUUUCAUUUCAUCCACUACUUCAUCUCAUAUCGAAAUCGUCUCUGCGGUUUUAACGUACAUUGCGUGAGUGUUCCAGUUUGUGUGUGUGUGUGUGUGUGUGUGUGUGUGUGUGUGUGUGUGUGAGUGAGAGAGAGAUGUAACGGUAUAGGAUGUUUUAAAAGAAGGUUUUUUCCUCCUUCUUCUUCUUCUUCUUCUUCUUCUUUUUGGUGUUGAUUUGAGCCCUUGCACGCUUUUUACACACUCUGCUUUUAGCCAGAGAUGUAAAUGUAAAUGCUUUAACGCUCUGGAAAAUAUUUCUCAUUGGACUCCAGCAGCAAGAACCUGCUUUAUUUGCUGCAUUAUUAACGUUUUAAACCGAGAUCUGACUUCUUGCAGCCUGCACUGAGGAGUUUCUUUCAUAGCCGUAAGCGCUGGAAAGUCGAGGAACUUGUUUUUCCUCGCAGCGUUGAAGUGAAGGUGAAUUUAUCUAAACCAGAUCGAGGAGUUUGUAACGUCCUGUUCACCCUCCGCCUCUGUUCCCGUUCCAGCUUCAGUGCUUUAACAUGAUGGACUAUGAUCAUUACUUCAUCUGUACAGUCUGUUCAUGUGCAUGAACUCCUCAUGAGGCUUAAUAGCAACCUAACAACACGGUUCUGUCAUUUUUGUGCCAGGCAUCACUGCGUAUCUCCCUGUACCGUAAUGUACCGUACCCUAACCCUUUAACUCUUCCGGUUUCCCAACAAGUGUGUUGUCUCAUUGUUUUUCAACCCUCAAAUCCCACCCCCCAAAAAAUGAUGCUUUUUUUUUAUUUUCUCUCAUUCUCCUCAGAAUUUUUGUAAUUUUUUGUUUU